CAACGCUCAACAUCAGUCGCUGCGGAAGCGUCGACCAGCCAAGAAGGUCACCUGAAGCUGCCUCUGUUCACUCAGUGCGCCAGGAAUUCAUUUCCACCCACGAAGCGGAGGAGUAAAUAUUUAACCGGAAUGUACACAAUUUUAUCGCGAGUAGAAAUUGUGCGCCGUUGAAGUAACUUGGCAUUGUUAAAGUCACCCGAAAUGUUUAAUUAAUUGGUCAGUUUUGUGCUGCUGAAUUUGAAUAUGUUUACAGAGACUCGAAGGCGAAGUUGGGAAAUUUGUUACGCUUGAAAUGCUGAUAUACUUUCGGGGUGUAUUCAACAGGUUACCCCGCUCGUUCUCAGUGUGAAUAGGGAACGGAAAUAUAAAUGACAUAAGAUUUAGAAGCUCAGAAGAUGUGUCAGUGCGAGUUUUUCCGCGCGGAAAAGAGUGUAAUCUUGCAAGAGAGAUCAAAAGAGGGUAGAUAGAACCACAAUAAAUUCCAACAUCACUCUGGAAGUGUUCAUCCAUCACAAGAAGAAUUCACCAUGGAAAAUUACACGGGCAUCAUGGAGAAUGAGUACAAUGCCGCUGUGGACUACGCCGCGGCCAAUCUGUCGCAGGCGUUGGCGCAGAACGCCCCCAACCAAGUGGCAGCACUGGAGCGGCCGGAUGUGAUUGACAUGAAGCAGCCGGAGGCGCCGGAGGAGUUUGGCCAGCGCGACACGAUCAUUGCGCCCAAUCUGCGAGAGGAAUUGAGCGAGUUUGCGUCCACGAUGGAGCAGGAGCCUAUCUCCGAGCCCUUGAUGGCUCCAGAGGCCGCAGAGAGUGCGCCCCCGGCGGAGUCGGACGCUUGUGCGCCCGUGACGGAGCCAGAGGCGCCUCCGGAGACGGAUUUAAUAGCCGAGGUGAAUGUGCAAGAGAACGAGGCGACAGAGGAGGCGGUGGAUGAGACUCAGCAAGAGGGUGAGGAGGAGCCUGGAGCUGAUCCCAUUGAAGCGGAGUCCCAGGAGAACGCCAAGACGGCGGAGGAGGCGGCCGAGGAGCCACAGAAUGAGCGCCCGAAGGAGGAGGAGCUGGACAAGAACCAGUGUCGUGUGUGCACUUCCAAGGAAAAUCUGGUGGACAUCUUCUCGCCACUAGAGGACUCAGUGAUCAGUGACAAAAUCCAGCUCAUCUGCCGGACGGUGAAGAUUAUGGAGAGGGACUUCCUGCCGCAUUUGAUUUGUGGCGCGUGCAUUGACAAGCUGAAAAUUGCGCUGGAAUUUAAAGCGACCUGCGAGAACACCGACCGCGAGCUGCGGAUGAAGUUGAAACGGAGCAAGAACAAGGUGAGGAGAAACACGGAGUUUGUCAUCAUCGAUGCCGAUGUGUUCUCCGAUUCGCAUUCGGAUGAGGAGAAAAAGCGCACGGACGAUGAGGAGUUCCAUCUAUCGGACGUGAUUGAGUCGCAGUCGGAGACAGACAGCAGCUAUUCGGACGCCGAGAAGCCCAAGAAGUACAAAAGGCGCGCUGGAAGACCUCCGGGCGGCGGCCAGCGGAAAGGUCGGCGGCCGCGGAGCGAUGUGGUGUUCAUCGCGGCGCCUGAGAGUGACGUUGAUGACUCGUCGGACGCGAAACGGAAAUUCCGCGGCAAGUCUCUGCAGUGCCAGACGUGUCACGAGGUGUUCGCCAGUCCGGCGAGUCUCUCGAAGCACUCCUGCCAGGGCCAGUCACACGCCCGGGACGCGCUGGAGGACGCGGACUAUGACGAUGACGAGGAGGACAAGCCACUGGCGAAGCGGCUGAAGACCAUCAAGAAAGAGUCCGGGCACGAAUGCAAGUUCUGCCGGUUGACCUUCAAGAGCCUGGCCGAGCUGAAGCGCCACAAGAGCACGGAGCACACUGGCGACAAGCCCUACAUGUGCCGGCUGUGCAACAAGACCUUCAAGCUGGCGCAGAGCCUGAACGGGCACCUGCUGCGUCACGAGAACGAGGAGAUCAACAUCUCGUGCGCACAGUGCUGGAAGUACUUCCCUAAUAAGAAGGAGCUGCGGAAGCACGAGAUGUCGGCUCACGCCAUUGCGUUCCAGUGUGACAAGUGCAAGAGGAACUUCACGUCGCAGACGCGGCUGAACAACCACCGCCACCAGACGUGUCCUGGCGUCGUGGCGGCGCCCAAGCGGCGGCAGGAAGUGGAGGCGUCAGUCGUGGGCAGGGAUCUGUUCAAGUGUGUGGCACCUAUGACAUCCACCUACUGGAGUGACUCCUUCAGCGAGUAAUGCAUCACAGCAAAGUGUGUCUUUUUUGCUUUUUACCUACAGUCCUCUUUUCUGGAAGAAACCCUUCUUGUCCUCAAUACAUGAGAAUGUAUCGUGUUUUCUGUGCAAAUGCCAUGAACGAGAGAGAAAGACGUAAGAUAAUAAAUUUUCUUAUAAUUAGUAAACAUGCCUAGGACAAAUCAUUCCUUUUCCUGCGACGUGGGAAGAAUUGACGAUAGGACGUGAAUUAAUUGUGUGUCGCUUCACGUGACAAAAGCCACAAUCGGCAAAGAUUUCACAGGUUGGCAGCAUUUCCGGCACAUUGUCUACAUCUCGAUGCAUUGUUUACGCCCUAAAUUGUUUUGUAUAGUGAGACAUGGAAAUAAAUUUCUUUUUCAGUGUUCUCAAUGCUUUCGUAUUCACUUGGACUGGAAUUGAGAAAGAAAUGUUUGAUUAAUUUUAAUCGCCAUAAAAGUGCGGGAUGGAAAGUAUGAUAACGUAUUAGGAAGUGCUUUUCUUAUUUGUAUUCCUCGAGUCGAUUGCAAUCAUGCACUUAAUUUGAUUUUUUUACGAAAAUGCUUAUUUCAAAGAUACAAAAAUAGAAUACAAAGAGAAUUGAACA